AGUGCCUGCGCACAGGCUUCCCGCACGUGUCCCUUCCCAAGACAGGCACGUGUGGUGGCCUCAGCUGCUGUUGAGGGGUCUGAACGUCAGGGGUUCCCUCGUGGUGGGUCUGUGGGAGCCCCUCACGGCUGACAUUUGGCUGCCUGCGGCCUCACGACUGAGUCACCCCUCGGGACCCGCUACGUGCAUUGCCCUUUGAGGCUCGCACCGAAACAUGAGCUGUAGACGAAGAGAUCUCGAGAGCAGGUCCCAGCUGGGCAGGCGCAGGGCUGAGGGGGCACGCGGAGUGGUGGGGUGGCGGGGCACAGAAGUAUUUGCAGGAAGAUGUGCUGCUGGGGCCUGCCGCGGGGCUGGGAGCUCUGCACCGCUGCGUUUGCUCUCUCGGUCCCGGCCGGACCCUGCUGCAGCGGCUGCUGAAAGCUGAUGGGAGGAUUUGUCCUUUCCACUGCCAUCCCCGGCCCCCUCCUCCCCUGCCCACCGUGGCUAUUUGCAUCUGCGUGGGCGAACCUCGCGCUGCUCGCCGAGCUAAAUCCAGCGGGGUGGAAACUUCUGCGGAACGACCUGCUGCGGGCACGUAGCUGGGGCCGUAGCGGUGUCAGGAGGAGGGCUGGGGGACGAGCUGCCCGGACCCCCGCCUCUCAGCCCCCAUGGGCUCUCCCCACCACCCCAGCUGGGAGACUUCACGCAGACAGCGCCGGGGCAGGAAAACGGCAUCUGGAGGCAUUUAUUUCAGCAUCUGCCCACAGCUCCCCACCCUGCAGGGGCAGGAGGACACCUCGGGGCAUCUCCCCUGCUCCUGCCUGUGUGGGCGGUGGUGUGGCACCGUGCCCGCCUCCCCUGGCACCCGGCGUCCCCGCUGGUCCCGAGGGCAGUGGGUGCAGGUGCGCGGGGCCCUUUUGUGGGACGUUUUCACCCCUCCUGCACCAGAAGCCCAUUUCUGUCUGUCUCCGGUGCACCUGGGUGUGUUGCAGAGCCUGCACCGGCAGGAGCCCCCCAAAACACUCCCCUCACCUCAUCCAGGGGGGGAAAACCCCGCGUGGGAGGAGCAGGGAGAGCGGGGUGACGCUUGCCACGGGUGGGAGGUGUGUCACCAGCCAAGGGCUUAUAGCAGCCCCGGCGAGAGCAGGAACCUCCGUCACAGCAGCUGUAGGAGCAGAGGAGCGCCAGGCGAGGCCCGUGCACUUGUCAUGGACUCCCUGAGCACUGUCCUGCCCACCAGCGAGGUCACCGAGCACAGGCUGGGCAACUCCUGCUCCCAGAUCCGAGAUGAGUUCCUCUCCGUGACGCUCCCUGUGAUGUACUCGCUGAUCUUCAUCGUCGGGCUGCUCAGCAACACCCUCGCGCUCUGGGUGUUCUCGUGCAGCGUGCAGCGCAUGACCUCCAUCACGGUGUACAUGAGGAACCUGGCGCUCUCCGACCUCUUGCUGUCCCUCUGCCUGCCCUUCCGCAUCGCCUUUCAGAACAAGAGCGAGCCCCGGAUCUUCUGCAACGUGGUCGGGGCCUUCUUCUACCUCAACAUGUACGUCAGCAUCACGUUCCUCAGCCUGAUCAGCCUGGACCGCUACCUGAAGAUCAUCCGGCCCCUCCAGAAAUUCAAGAUCCACACCGUGGCCUGUAGCACCGUGGCCUCUGGGUUGGUUUGGUUGGUGCACUUAGCCUUCAUGAUGCCUUUCUUUUUUGAGACAAGAGAAAAAGGGCCCUGUGACUAUAAAUGCUUCCACUUCAGGAACAAAAGCACCACGGCUGCAGCCUUUAACAUGACCGCAGUAGUGAUUUUCUUUAUCCUGCUGCUGCUCUUCCUCUACUUUUAUGGCAAGAUAUUUGCCAAGCUCCACAGAGUCUCCUCGGUGAAGGCUCAGCAGCUGAACAAGAAGACCAGCAUGAGAGCCAUCACCAAGACCUUUGUAGUCCUGAUCAUCUUCAUUGUAUGCUUCACCCCCUACCACAUCAUCCGCAUCCCUUACAUCCUGGCGCAAGUCGAGGCCAUUUCUAGCCUGCCCUGGAAGCAGGGCCUCCACCUCGCUAACGAGCUUGUGCUUUGCAUAUCAGCCCUCAACAGCUGCCUUGACCCAGUUGUCUUCUUUUUCUUGUCCAGCAGUUUCCGGAGGGCUGUGCUCUGCACCUUCCAGGGCAGGCUGAAGAGAGCUCUCAUGAGGAACCAGGGUAGGCUGAACCACAGCAGGUCCGUGACAGAAAUGUAGGCUUUACAGCAGGGCCGAGGACCUGGGCAUGGGAUUUUCUCAUCACGGAUUUGCUCUGGCUGCUGGUGUUUAUGGGACGAGGUUUGCUGGGAAGAUGGAGAAAGAAACUGGAACCGCUUCAUGUUUCUUCCCCUCACACCAGCAGGGUUAGAGCUUCCAUGGGGGGGAAGCAAAGAGGAAAGGAUAACUGGGACCUUACUUUUCCUGCCCCAGCUCUGCCGGCAUAGCUGAAGGACGUUUCCUAGGAAGAACAAAGCUGGAAGUGCCAAAGGAGAACCAGCGUUGGCCUAGGAUCUCCAACCAGCCCAGGGAAGGGCAGGGGCAGAGCCCCGGGCAGAGACAGGCUCCUUCAGUGGGAGGGAGAGGAAGGAGGGGAAUAGGAACUUGCUGUGAGUCUCUGUUAAUACACAUCACCUCCACACCAGAGAAAGCAGAAAAGGGAAGGGGAGGGGAGAUGAUGCAGUGCAAAAGCAUUAGGAAAAGGUGAGGGAGACACUCAUCAGAGCAUUACUUGUGCAGCGGGUGAAUGUUUUGCUCUGCAACGGUGUGCAGCGCUGGGCUUGUAUGACAGGCAUGCCAGGAAAUGUGCAGACCCUGAAACCCCAAACCACGGCAACGAUAACUGUUACUCUCUUGUUACCACGCUCUUUGUAACUCCGGCUCAGCCUCACCUCUCUGGAGAUUCAAACAGGUAGCUCCAGGCUUCCUUCAGCUCUGUUCCUUUGCCCAUUUCACUGGCACGUUCACGGAGGGCUGGCAGCCUCUCCUGGUCAUUGCACAGCACUCUUUUGGCAGUGGGACCAUGCCAGGGUCAUUGCUAUAGGAAGGGGUCCAACAGGCAAAGGGGAUGCAGCACAGAAGUGCCUGCAGCUCGUCUGAGACCUGUGAGCCCCAAAAGUGAGCUGCUGGCUCUGAGGUCCUCAGAUCAAGCACUGCUAGUUUGCAGUGGCUCUGAAAAAGGAACCUGCAAGGGUUUCCUGCUUUGAUUAGUCUUCAGCAUCUGUUCUCUUCCUGCAGAAGAGAUACUUCUCUGUAUUUUUUCCCUUUUAUGUGCUCUCUCCUCAUUUGUUCACUUAUUCUUAGGAGACUGCAGGCUUGGAGCAGCAGCCUGCUUCACUCACACUUCAGGUGGUAAAGCCUGUGCCGUAAAGAGCUGGGAGGAUUUUCAUUCAGACUGUAAACUGCUUUCGUAACUGUGGAACUCAAAUACUUGAAUAAUACUUGGGAGAAUAAAAUAUUUUCUUAAGGACUGAAUUUGCUGGUCUUUCUGGUCAAGGUGUGAGCAACC